UAUUUGUAAUAUCAAUGAGCCGUUCAAACAAACUCAAUUUAAUAUAUAUCCUGUUUUACUUGGAUUAAGCCAAAGUCUUAAAUUAUAAUUGAAGAAUAGUUAAAUACAUAAACCAUUUUAUACAAAGUUUUCAGACCGUGACCCAUACACAUCAUAUAAAAUUUACUUUAUCGCAAGGAUGAUGACUGAGAAAAUUGUAACCGGUCACCCUAGUUUGCUUAACAAAGGAAUGCUAAGUGAUCAGCAGAUUGCCAGUAAUUUGGGCGACGACAUGGGAUGGAAAUCAAAACUGAAACUUCCUCCAAAGGAUAAUCGAUUUAAAACAACAGAUGUGACUGACACUCGUGGCAAUGAAUUUGAAGAAUUUUGCCUUAAGCGCGAACUACUAAUGGGUAUUUUUGAAAAGGGUUGGGAGCGUCCAUCGCCAAUUCAAGAAGCUGCUAUACCCAUUGCUUUAACUGGAAAAGAUGUUUUAGCUCGAGCAAAAAAUGGCACGGGAAAAACUGGUGCAUACUGUAUUCCUGUUCUAGAGCAAAUUGACCCAACUAAAGACUAUAUUCAAGCAUUAGUAAUGGUACCUACACGGGAACUGGCUUUACAGACUUCACAAAUAUGUAUUGAACUUGCUAAACAUCUUGAUAUUCGCGUAAUGGUUACAACGGGCGGUACAAUUUUAAAGGAUGACAUUCUUCGUAUAUAUCAAAAAGUACAAUUAAUUAUUGCAACUCCAGGACGAAUUUUGGAUUUGAUGGAUAAGAAAGUAGCAGAUAUGUCCCAUUGCAAAAUAUUAGUCUUGGAUGAAGCCGAUAAACUGCUCUCAUUAGAUUUUCAAGGCAUGCUGGAUCAUGUUAUAUUAAAAUUACCCAAAGAUCCACAAAUACUGCUAUUUUCUGCUACAUUUCCAUUAACCGUCAAAAAUUUUAUGGAAAAACAUUUGCGUGAACCGUAUGAAAUAAACCUAAUGGAAGAGUUAACGUUAAAAGGUGUCACCCAAUACUAUGCAUUUGUGCAAGAGCGUCAGAAAGUUCAUUGCUUAAAUACAUUAUUUUCAAAAUUGCAAAUAAAUCAAUCAAUAAUAUUUUGCAACUCUACACAACGUGUUGAACUCUUAGCAAAAAAAAUAACUGAGCUAGGUUAUUGCUGCUAUUACAUUCACGCUAAAAUGGCUCAAGCACAUAGAAACAGAGUAUUUCACGAUUUCCGACAAGGUCUCUGCCGAAACCUGGUUUGCUCUGAUUUGUUUACUCGCGGCAUUGAUGUACAAGCUGUAAAUGUUGUUAUCAAUUUCGAUUUUCCCCGAAUGGCAGAAACAUAUUUGCAUCGAAUUGGUCGAUCUGGUCGGUUUGGACAUUUAGGUAUCGCUAUAAAUCUUAUAACUUACGAGGAUCGAUUUGACCUUCAUCGCAUUGAAAAAGAAUUGGGAACGGAAAUAAAACCUAUACCAAAAGUAAUCGAUCCAGCAUUGUAUGUGGCAAAUGUUAGUGGAUCCUCAGGAGAAACAUGCAACAAUAGUGAUCUUAAUAACUCUACAAAUGAAGAAGGGAAUGUUAGUAAAUAAAUAAUUUAAAAAUUGAUUAAAAAAGAGAAAGUUUUGAAAUAUCUAAAAACAUGAA